UACACUGAGUAGCAUUUCACGUUCGUCCGAUGUUGCUUAGUUUUUUUUCUUUUUUUUGCAGUUUCUGUCUUCCAACUUGGUCCCAGUGAUGGAACAGAAUCUCCAAAAAUCACCACAGCUGGGUCAUCCCCUUGACAUUGGUGACGCAAAGUAUGUCUCCGGCCUUAGUACUGUACUGGUUGCCACAAUUCGGGAAGCAAAAGACAGGAUUUCUCAGAUAGAAUAUAUUUUCUGCAGCCAGCUCUUCCCAAAUUUUCAAUCACAAUCUAAAAGCUUGCAGAAAAUUUAUUCCAAGGCUACGAAAGCUGCAGAAGAUGAAUGGAAAAAGAAAGAAAAUCAUCUCUUACUGGCAAUAGAAAAUCUUCAGCACAAAAAGAAACUGAUCCUGGAAGAAAAUCGCUCCCUGAAGUUGGAGAAGUCAAAGUUUGUAAACCAUGAAGAUGUUUUCCCAAAAAAGAUAUAUGAGCUGCAAGAAGAGCUAAAACAGCUGUUCAAAAAAGAAGGAGAUCUAAAACAGAAGAUUGUAGAAGUAGCCAAUGGUGGGAAAAUGCAAGUAAAGUUACCUGAAGGUCCUGAAGCAAAAGCUGCUGUCCAAUUAAACAUGGAAAAGAUUGUGGAGGAGCUUGAAGAGAAAAACAACCUGCUUUUGAAGAAACAAAGAGGUUUAGAGCUUGAAAAUCAGGAAGUUCGAGGAGGGCUCCUGAGAAAGUUCAAGGAAGUUGAUGAGGGAAUGAAAUCGCAUAAUAUAUUGCUUCAAUUGGUUCAAUCAAAGGCUACUUUGAUAGUGCAAAAAGAAAAACAAUUGAAAGAGCAGGAAGAAAAAACGAAUAAAAUUGCAAAAACAGUACUCCAGCAGAUAGAUUCGAAUAAUUUGGAAAUGUUGAAGAUUGGACAGCAGUUGGAAGUGCUUGAGAAAGAGAAAACAUUGCUUUUGGCCAAAAUAAAAGGUUUAGAGGAGAAAGUUGACAAGCUUCAUGUGGAUCUCAGACAGAAAAAUGAUGAGACUUCUGAAGGAAUGGAAUUGCAUGGUAAAUUACUCCAGCAGAUUAAACAAAAGACUCCGAGUUGCUUUCUGAGAAGAAGAAAAGGAGGGAUAUAUGUAAUUGCUGCUUAUAAAAGUCUGAAAUCCCAAUACAACUUCCUGCGUGCAAAAUGUGGUCUUACCCCAGAAAUUAUGCUUCCCUUGAGCAAAAUAGAAGAUGGAAGUGAUUCGUUAAGGCGUAAUUCCAAUCCAUUAACUUCACCUGGUGUUGUCCCAGAUAAGCGGAACAUAGCGCCAAAUGCUAUGAUGGUUUCCUGUGAAAUCACUGAAGAGAAGGAAAACUUAGAGGAUGACAAAGGAAGUGGAUUAAUUCAAAGAUCAAGCGCCAACUCCCCCUGUGCGUCCAGUGAUGCAAAACCUGGCACACUAGCCGGCACAAAAUGUCCAGGCUCUUCUUGGAGAGAAACUAGGUCCCACCAAAAACGAGGUGGGCUGGACCCACAUGAUGAUUUCUUUGAUACUCCCUUGGAGAAUAUCAAAGUGUUAGAUUUCUCGAAGGGUUUCAACCUAAAAGAAGAAGUCAAUUUACCAUAUCCACUUCCAAGGCACAUGAAUUUUGACAGCUCAGAUGAUGAAACACAGGAUGUGAACGGAGACCCUGGCCGACAAAAGCCGCAGAUGCCAGAUGGCACAAGGGGUUUUAAGUACAUUGAACUGGUGAGAAAGAAAGCGGAUAGGGAAAAUCUGAAAGGAAUUGAAUGCAGGCAAUGCAAGAAAUUUUUUGAUGAUGUUCUUCCUGAUGAAGGAGGUAAUAAGCAGCAGCUACGUUGCGAACACCAUGAUGGAGUUUCGAGGCAUCGAUAUAGGUUCGCACCUCCUUUGACUCCUGAAGGGUUUUGGAAUAUUGGGUUUGAAUCUGAAAUGUGAGUUGCUUUACGUUGGAGUUCGAUGUGAAACUUCAGUUAAGUUUGAUAGUUAUUUUAUUCUUGAUGCUUAUAAUGGUCUAGACUGAUCC